CUGGAUGAAUAUUAAUAUGGAUGCAAAUGCGCGGUGAGGAGGAUGCUCCGCGCCAACGCAGCGCGUUGAUGUCCGCGCGUUUUUAUUUUCAUCUUUUUUAUUCUUAUUUUGUUUAUUUUGACAUUUUGAACCGUUUGAUUGAUAUCUCCCCCCCUCUCUCUCGGGCAGCAGCAUGGUUCUGGUUCUGAGGGGGUGUUUUUGCUGUCUGGAACGCCGCGUUGAGCAGCAGCAUCAUGGGUUUCUGUCAGACCUCCUCACCGCCGCCGCGCCUCGGUAGUAAAAAAGCAGAAAUGGCUCCGGCUCUGCUGGUUCUCCCGAACAUGGAGGAGGUUUCCCGUCGAGGAGAAGGCGUCAGUCCGACUAUGUGCGUCUGAAUAUCGGAUUUUUCAAUUGACACAUAUUGGAUUUUUUUCCUCCAGCCACCCUCCCCUCCGACGCCAAGACAGCUGUGUCAUCAACAACCGGCGUGGUUUUGUUGUUGUCUGAUUUUUUUUUAUUUUGUUUUAUGUGUCUGGGUUGUCGCCUCGUCCUGACACCUCUGCGCCAACAGGAGAUCUAGUGACCAAGUGGAGGGCUGCCUGUGGCAAAAACCAAAAAAAUAAAAAAACCAACAAGAAAACCUGGGCUUCUCCUGAGUCCUCUCCUGUACCAUGAGCACUGGCUCUGCCCAGGAUGUGGCAGUCGAGCAUUUCCUGCGUGACAUAGAGAGGCGAAGCAAGCGGCUACACUGCGCUGUGAUAGGCUGCGAGGAGGCAAGAUCCCGCAGCGACAUGAACCUGCUGUACCGCAAGAGCCGUCUGGACUGGAGGCAGAGAGACCAAGAGGGAGGUAAAAAGAGUUCCACCCAGAACGACCCCUCCGCCACCGUCGGGAAAGUCAGGGACCUGGCUUCGUUCCGACGCCACUUCCGCAUGGGUUUCAUGACGAUGCCCGCCUCCCAGGACCUGUCUCCUCACACCUGUGCCUCUGCCAUGGCGCCGCGCUCGCAGUCCUGCCACGCUGUCGGAGCGGGGGACGCCAGCCUCGAGAACGGAGAUUACUCGGACGCACAGUCCCAGCACGGCGGCCGCUGCCCGCCAGCCAAACCCAAGCGUCACCCGAGCACUCGCCUCAGCUGCUCGUCCGCCGAUAGCAGGGCGCUUUCUGAGACCCCGACACCCCCUCCAACCGCUCACUCCCAGGCCAAAUACUCAGAGAAGAAAAAUGCCAUGAAGAAGUCCGACUCUGGGGAGAUUGGAUCGAAAAAGGUGCCUCCUCUAAAGCCCAAACGAAGCCCCAGCACCCAGCUGACCUUUGACUCUCUUCCUCCACGUGUGCCUCCUCCUGCCACAUCCAUGCCCUUCCAGGCAGCAGACUCUCAGAUUCAGGCAGGAGAUGGGGAGGAUGAGCCGGUCUACAUAGAAAUGGUGGGCCAGGUGUUCACCCGAGAGAGCCAGACGGCCACGCCUCACCCGGUCACGCCCGUGGCCACCACGCCGGACUCCGACUCGGACCAGAGCGAGGCGAUCUACGAGGAGAUGAAGUACCCGCAUCAGGAGGACAGGGAGACCCACAGACACCUCCCGCCUAAACACGAGAAGCUGAAAAGCUCCAAACACUACCACGUCACCCCGUCCUCAUCCAGCAGCUCCUCUUCUUUGCCGCGGCCCUCCUCUUCUUCUCCUUCGUACUCCAAACCUAAAGCCACUGUCUCCAUCUCCCACUCGUCUCCUCUGCCGUCCUCUGCCUCCUCCACCCCGGUGCCACAGGUCCUCUCCACCAGUCCCCACACCCCGCGAGCUCCUACUCCCUAUCUGCUGCAAGGGAGUAAAAUCGAGAUGGAGUCCAACACAAAGAUCCCAGCCCCCUUCCCCAACCUCCUGCAGCACCGGCCCCCACUGCUCGCGUUCCCUCAGCCGGCGGCGGCCUCCAGCGGGGUCGGGGUGCAGACCAAGACCUCCUCUUCGGCCAAAACGCAAACAUCCAGCACAUCAACUCAAGCCACCACCUCCGCCGCCUCCUCCUCGGCUUCUUCUAACGUUUCCUCGUCGCUGUCAGGGUCCAAGGAGUCCUCGGGAGGGAGCUUGACCCAACAGGACAAACACAGCAGAGAGGCCCAGUUAGGCCCCGCCCCUGGACUGAGAGCCAGGAGCCACUCCACGCCGCUACCUCCCUCCUCCAAAUCCACCUCCCCUUUCUCCCAUCACCACCACCACCCUCACCAUCGCCCCUCGCACUACCACCACUAUCGCAAGCCGGACAGAGGGGACUCCCCGGCGCCGAACAAGAGCAGCUCCCAGACGUCCAGCCAGGCCACCGUCCAGACCCAGACGUCCAGCUCGGGCAAGGAGGGCAAGUCGGUCAGCUUCCUGCUGAAGUCCGAUAAAGGAGAGAGGGAUAAGGACAAGGACAGGGAUCGAGACAGGGACAGGGACAGGACUAGAGACAAGGACAAGGAGCGAGACAGAGACAAGGAGAAGGACAAGGAUCGAGACAGGGACAGAGACAAGGAGAAGGACAGAGAAAGAGAACGGGAUCGGGACGGAGGGCCGCACUCUUUACCGAUCGAGAGCACGAGCACCUCGAGCAGCCAAACGCCUCUAAGCACCAGCUCCACCCCCACGCCUCUGUCCUCAUCCCAGCGUCCUCAUUCCCGCCCACAUCUCCGCUCUCACACCCCCCACGGCCUGCCCGCUUACAAGCCUCCAUCCUCAGACAGCCCRCUGCUCUGGACCUACCCGUCUGGUGGCUUCCGGAGGCCGCCAGCAUACGAGAGCCUGCGAGGCAGCUCGCAGACACCGUCCCUGCCUCAGCCUCUGAGUCUCACCGGUGUGGGCGAGGGGACGUCCAAGAACAGCGGGGGGUCUUCGUCACAUUCUAAAGUUGGGUUCAUGCCCUGGGACAGCAGUUUGGGUGCAGAUGAGGGGUCUUACUGGCCCAUGCAGAGGAAGCUAUCCUUUAGCCACGGGAGCAGAGACUCAGAAAAAGACGAAGGACGAUCCUGGAACGGCAGUGUCGACGCUCUGCUGAGGAUGGACAAGGAGGACCUGGGGAUGGGUUCUCGAGGAGGUCACUCGAGCAUCCCGGUUCACUUCAGUGGUUCCUCCAGCAGGGCCCUCGGUCACAGCGAGUCUUUGGCUGGCGUGGACAACAGCGCAGGCUUCAGAGCUCUGCCCAGAGCGGGGCUGCCUCUACCCUGCCAGACAUUUCCUGCCUGUCGUAACGGAGAAGUGGGGCGGCUGGGCCGCUCCUCCUCUGCUGCCGGGGUGAGACAGGUGGGUGUCGGAGACGUCCAGAGACAGAGCAGUCUGCCAGCGCGAGAAGCCCUGAAUCAGCUGCAAGGUCUGGGGCCGAGCCAAGUCCCCUGCAGCCCCGGUGCUCCCAGCGUGUCGCGGCAGCAGCAGCAGCUUCAGCUCCACCAGCAGCAGCUGCAGCUGAAGCAGCAGCUCCAGCAACUCCAGCAGCAGCACCACCUACAGCUGCAGUUCCAACAGCUCGCCCAGCUGGCACAGGGACAGCCCCCUGCGGGCGGGGGGAGCGCCGCCAYGCCGUCAGCCACGCAGACCCAGAGAGACGGGAAGCUGCUGGAGGUCAUCGAGCGCAAGCGCUGCCUGUGCAAGGAGAUCAAGGCUCACAGGCGGCCCGACAAAAGCCUGUGCAAGCAGGACAGCAUGCCCAUCCUCCCGAGCUGGAGACGGACACCUGAACCCCGAAAUUCUGGCACUCCGCCCUGUCAGAGGCCGCAGGCCGUCGUGUGGGACACGGCUAUCUGAGGUAAAACAAACAGGCCGGUCCUCAACAACAAACAGACCAGACUAAAUGGAAUAAACAGGAGUAAAAUGGAUAUAACCAAGGAUGAAGAAGACGACACGUCUGUCUUUGUGUUUGAGACUCAUCAGAAUGAAGAAGACCCUGAACUUGGUUAAAAACAAACUAAAUCAAGAAAAAGAUUGACUGAGGUCGUGUCGAAAAUGUUUCGAAUUCAGCUGAUUUGUAUUUCCUCUGUAUCUUGUAUUAUACUGAUGUGUUCUAAUUGCCAACCAUUUUUUGCCACAAAAAGACCAGUAAAAAACAAACAAAAAAAAAAACUGUCACAAAGUAAUAAUAAUAAUAAUGAGUGGGUCAUCUUUUUCUGAGAUUGGUGUUGCCAAAUAUCCUCCUGACUACUUGAGAUGCAAAAAAAAAAAAAAAAAAAAAAAGGAACCGUGUGUUUUCUCCCAGCUCGCCGUAAAUCUGACAAGCACAGAACAAAACCUGUGCAAGACUCACAGAUCAGUUUUUCAAGUGUUUUCUUGAAAUCGUGAAUGUAUACGAGAUGUCUUGGUAUCAAUAGAUUGUCAUUGUGGAUGCAAAUAAUCAUCACUGGGGAGUUAAAGAUUAAAAAAAGAAGCUACCUACUGUAUCUGUUUGCAUAUUUGUAAUGUAGAAAAAAUAAACUAUUUACUUUCUGCAAUUUUACAGCAAUAUGCUCCCAAAGCUCGAGCAACAUAUUUAGAAAACUUGUGUCAGCUAACAUACAUAUCUAAGACUUGAAGAAGUCAUAUUUACUGUGUCAUUCUCUGCAUGUCACAAUAGACAUACAGUGCUGUUAAAAAAACAACAAAAAAAUAAGAAAAAAAUAAGUGUAGAGAUGAUCCUGUCAGACUUUAACAGUAACAUAUUGCAGAUCUUCACUAGGAUAACGUGUGGUUGUAGAAAAUAUGUUGCCAGGGAGGGAUUAUCGUAACAUACGGUGGCAGUCCAGCCUAAAAAAAAUAUCAAACAAAAAAUCAGAUACAUCAUCAUUGCUCAUUCAACGCCGUUGCACACCACUAUUUGUUCCACCACACAGGAAUAAAACCCAGCACUGACACCCAUCAAACGCAGACAGACUGUGCAAUACAGUGCAACUGAUAUAAAAAGAACUGUGAGUCUCCAUCACCUCAAACAGAAUGCUGGAACAAUCUGCACAAGAAUAGGAGAAAAUCAAACCCUGAUGUACUGUAAAUAGAUGUGUACAACUCCUACUGAAAAUGUUGUAUUCAAUACGUAUGAUGUAGCAUAGACUGUAUAAACUUUGUUCCUUUUUUCCCCCUUCUUUUUCUAAAAGUAGUUUAUCUGCUGCAGUCGGUCCAUGUAUUACUUAUAGAUCUACGAAUAAACAAUGAGCCCUCUUUAAAUAACACACACACAGGCCAACAGUUUAUACAGAUUUAUGCAAGACUCCCUUUAAGCUCUGUUAUUGAUUCAAAAACCCUUUUUUUCUACAUUUGCUUUUAUUUCCUGUACAGAUUUCAACAGCUUUCAGUCUUAAUAUUUUUUAAUACUUUGCUGCUAUCUUGAAUACCGGUUGGUGUUGUACGUUCAACCAUUCAGUGUUACCAUGACAAACUUUUAUUAUUAAUAUAGUGCUUAUUGUUACAUAACUUUUUUCUAUUGUUUUUUUUCUCCUGAAAGCCACGUGAAAUGAAGUUUGUACCUUGAAGAGUCAGCUCUCCUGUAAUAGUAUUAAGGCACCUGAAUGUCUCUUGGUUGUUGUUUUUACAAUAUAGUGAGUACCAAACUGUAUAGGAAAUGGUAAAAGAAAAAAGUAAUAUUUGAGAGUCACUGCUUGGCCUUUUAUUUUAUUCCCACCUGCUCGUGUUUGAAUUUUUUAUUAUUAUUAUUAAGCUUACUGAGUCAAUUUUCAAUCAAACACAAGCCAGGUUGAAGGAAAAUGGGGAAGUGCAAUGCAUGCAGAGAUUCCUUACACUGAGAUGUUCCAGUGAUGAUGUGCCCAAAUUUUUGAUUUUCAAAAGUAAUCACCUCACCAUGGUUCCUUUUCACAGACUGAUACAAAAACCCCGAGGUAGGCUAUCCACGGUCCAGAAUAGUUUACAGAGGCUGUUGGUUUUUGUGUGUCUUCUGAAACAGUGGCCAUUAUACGAGUGCCAUAUUAUACUGAUGAUACGGUAAGAUACGGUGUACGUUGGAAAAUCACUGUAGUGCUAUAUUUGCAUUGAUAUUGUAAUUGAGAAUAAAUUUUAUAUAAUGAACUUUA